ACUCGUCCAUCAGUGUCGCGCCAGCCAGGGAAGAGUGAGGUGCGGUGGAUUUUGCUCGGCUGCUUGGUAACUUGAACCAGCGUGUAUUGUGUUUUCGCUCUUUGGUUUUUGAGUCCCGAAUCGAAGACGCGAGUUUUAUUUCCAGUUGUCUCUGGCCAUUUCCGCAAGGCGCGUUUCCCUGGAGGACAGCCCGGGGUCGCAAUGGAAGCAGGGACGGAGCCGCACUUCCGCUGAACCAGCUGCUCGACCCGCAGCACUAUUCCGUGCCGUCGGACGGCGCCUGAGAAUGACGAGGAGAGGCCGGUUUGUCUCGGCGAAGCUCCUGUGAUGAGUGCCCAGCCAGUGACCGGGAGCAGGCGUCGGCGGUGAGUCUGCGGCAGCCGGGAUGGCGUGGAGGAGCACGGGCGCGGGCGAGGUGAUCGCUGCAGCAGCGACUUUCGCAGGACUGUAUUUGACUCUUGGCGUCGUAUGGGAGGCAGGGCAGUCUGCUCUCCCUCCACCACCCACGACACACGACGCCCCUCGGCAUCGUGCCCCGCCCAUGCGUUCCUACCCGGGUCUCUAUCCUCCCCCUGCGCCCCUGCUCGACCUUCCAGCCUACUCCUACGUCGCCAACAGCCCCGCCUGUGGCACAGAGGCCGAGCCGCUGCUGCUAGUCAUCCUCGUGUUUUCGCACCCCGCCCACGCAGCGCUCAGGGAAGCCCACAGAGCCGCUGCGUCCUGGGAGGUCCUGCAGAAGCUAGGGGCGCGGAGAGUGUUCCUGCUAGCGGACGGCAGCGGCGACGCUCAGAGCGGGUAUGCGAGCGUGCCCGUGGCGGAGGUGGUGGCGGAGAGCGGCCGCUUCCGAGACCUUGUCGUUGCGGACUUCCGUGACCAUUACCGCAACCUGACCUACAAGCACGCCCUCGCUUUGACCUGGGCCUCGACCUUCUGCUCGCGCGCGAAGUAUAUUCUCAAAAUGGACGACGACAUGAUGGUCGACUUGUGGGGUCUUGUGGCCAUGCUGCGCCAGGGCCUCGUCGCGAACAGCAAGGGCGUCGUGAUCAGAUGGCAAGAUAUGCACAAGCAGAGCGCUUUUCGGGGAGCGGAGAGUGAAAGCGCGGUCGCAGAGGACGAGCGUGCGGCGAGGAGAGGCUGGAGGACGGCGCCGGGCAAGCAGAGGCUGCUGAGCUCCGCCGGGAUGUGGGCGGCGGGUCUGGUGCAGCGCGGGCUGGCGCCCCAGCGCAACCACGGGAAAUGGCACGUCAGUCUCGAGGAAUACCCCAAGCGACUCUACCCGACUUUCCUGUCUGGAUGGGCCUAUGUCAUCACUCAGCCGGCCGCAGCAGCCAUCAUGGCAGCCGCCCGCGACCACGCGCUCCCUUUCUGGAUCGAUGAUGUGUACAUGACGGGGAUGCUGGCGGCGACGGCGGGCGUGGCACGAUACGCCCUUAAUCAGCACUACUCCCUCCUCACGGAGGCCGCCUCCUGCUGCCUUGAAGGCCCAUCGCACUUCCACUCCCAAAGAUCUGUAAUACCGCUCUGCGGCCUCCUCGUGGCGCCCAGCGACAAGAACAUCAGCCUCCUUGCCCACUGGAUGAAGGCUGCGCGGGCAUGCCACCUGGGGCGCACGUGCCCGUCGCCGCCGCCCUCCUCCUGCCCGCCAACACGCCCGCACUACGCGGUGGGCACUGUCAUACCGCUGUCCUGACAGCAGAGGCGAGCUGCUCUCCGCCCACGCCAACCUCAGUCUGGUCACUGAUUUCCCAAGGAGGGAGUCUGCUAGUCUUGUAAACGCUGCGGAGUGAAUGGAAACAAACAAGUCACAAGAAAUGCAUUGCACCGCUAGUUGUAGUCCAAAACGAGAGUUCAAAGAAAUCACCAAUUUCCUUUAAACUUCAUUUGGCACUGUGUGUCACGUCAAA